AUGGUACAUAAGCAAGGCAAGAGGUCAACACAGCAGGCUAAGAUGUUCCUUCGGUGGUUGACACACCUAGGAUCCCUGCUGUUGAGAGGGGCGGGCACGGCUUUAGCAUGCUACCCUUUGAACAGUGCAGAGCUUCACCCAUUCAAUAUUGAGGAAAAUGGUGGAACACCAUUGACUACAAAAAUGCCUGGAAGACCCCACCUCCACCUCCACCACCACCUCCACCACCACUCCAACUGUGGAGCACUUGCUCCUCCUGACAACAAGGACAGCAUGGCUGGCAUGCAAAGUCCAAACAGAGUCUCCCGCCAUUAUGAGGAUGCUUCUCCCCGUUUAAAGAAGAUGGAGGUGGAGACUGUGAAAGUAGCAGGGCCCUGGUCAGCUCUGCACAUCAGCAUGAACAAGGGUGAAGAUGGCAAAACGUCAGAGAAGAGCCUUCAACCUCCUCCCGUGUCACCUUCCUCAGUACCUGACCACUUCAAAUGUAACAUCCUGAAGGCUCAGGUGGAAGCGGCUUUUCGUGUGGGUCCUCAGGUUGGAAAAGAAGAAACUUCUUUGACAAAUCCUCCUAACGCUUCCAGCCUGCAGGACCCUAAUGUCAGAAAUCUAGCCCCUUCAUGGCCAGAGACAACACAGACAAGCAGUGUACCUGAGAAGCAGGAAGUUAAAGCACCGCGGGUGAGGAAACUGAUGAGGCAGUACAGCUUUGAUGAAGACGACCUUCCUCCGGCGCUUGCAGCAGCAGUAGGGGCAUCGCCAUCCCUCUCAUCAGCAUCUCCUGUGUCACAGAGAACAAACUCGGAGGGACAUUUUUCAUCAUGUGCAAAGAGCCCUACAGAUACUGGAGGUACAUUUGCCUUGGCGCCUGGAGAUCUGCUCAUGGAUUUCACUGAAGCCACACCUAUGAAUCAUUUCCUCUGUGGGAUACCAUCAGGCUGUGCAUUGCACUACGCAAUUCUGAUAAAGACAUUCCCUGCUGCUACAUCCAAACCCUUUUUCGAUCCUUUUCCAACACUACCACAGUUUUCUGCAGAAUUCAUAGACAGCAAGCUACAAUGCUGUGUAGUACAGUCAUCUCCAAAGAUGUUAUCACCAGUCGCCCCAACAUCUGUGACAAAGUCUCUGGUGGGAACCUUUCCGACGCCAACGGUGCAGACCAUCUAUUCAUCUCACAAACCAAUUUCUCUGGCAGACAGUGCUGAGACUCUAAGGCGGGAACUUGAGCGAGAAAAGUUGAUGAAAAGACUGCUGAUGACAGAAUUAUGAAACUUCUCACUUCUGUCUCAUUCAGAGAAUGGAUUGGGGCCUUUUCUGUGCCUUCCGUCUGUUUACAUUCCUUUGCUUGUGUGUGUGUGUGCGCGCAACAUAAUGUAUCAUUACAAUAUGAUAUAUUACAAUCCUGGGUUAAUCAGUUGGCUAAAAGAGUUAAUUCAAGGACUUUCUUUCUAUAUUUGUUACUAUGGCGAGGAUCCAAAGAACCAUGAAACUAGUGGUUCUAUACCCCAUGAAAAGGGGGUUUAGAAUUCAAUCUUUUACCUCAGACAGCAGCCCCUCUUUCUUCCGCAUGGCGAACAGCUUUUCAAACAGAGAGUAGUUUCAAGAGCUGUUUGUAAGAGGGAACUCGAAUGGACUGGUAUCAGCCCCUCCAUGAACAUAAGCAUCUCUUCAGAUCCCAGUCUAUGAUUCUGUCUGUCUUUUAUUUCUGCUGAAUGUUAGGAUUUUUAAAAACUACAAAAUCGAGUUGAGGCUAAUUUUUGGUAAAUCUGGAAUGAAGAGGAACACUGAGGAAUACACACAAACAAACACACACACACACACACACACACACACACACACACACAGUGUUCUUUUUCUCCUAGAUUUCUCCUAUAUGUAUGUUGCUUUCUAUUGAGAAACAAUAUUCUGUAUAUAUGUUAAUAACUGCACAGGGAUAAAUAUUAUGCAGAAUAUUUUGAUAGCAUAUACAAAAGGUCAUUUUGUAGAUCUGAAAACUGCAGCAGUCUACUGUUCAUUUGUUUUGUUUUUUAAACAAAUAAUGGCUGUUUGUUAUAUAAUACUUCUACAUGGUGGCAGGGAAAGGGUGGGGAAGAGUUGUGAUUCCAUCUUACCCUAGGACUGUUAGUCUCCAUAGAAAAAUAAAAGCUGCUUUUUUUAAAAUUCCGAACUUCAAUAUCACUUAAUGAGGAAAUGCACAAACCCACCUACACUUCCAGGAAAUAAAAACAUCGUUAAUUCAAUUUUAUAUUAAAACAAUACAAUUUUCAGUUAUUCCAGUUUGCUUCCAUUGAUCCCCAUGUUAUCAUACCAAAUAAAAUUGAAAAUUAGAUUUUUAAGUGAAAUUCUAAUACCUUCAAACUUCUGCAUGCAAAUUUCAACUUUAAUCAAUUCAUUGUGCAUAGCCAAAGGCCUUUACAAUGUACAGCAGAGGGCAAGGCAAGGCUUUCCUCUGAAAUCACAUGACAUACCGUGGAAAACCACAUUUGAAAUUCUUACAUGCAUAUGAGUUAAGCAUGUAUGUAAGUGCUGGUGAAUAUUAAGGCCUUAAAGAACAUACACUAUUAAAGGUCAAGUUUCUUAGAAAACUUUGUCUUCCCAGUUUUAAGCAGUGCCUAAAAGUGUAGUUCAAUUCUGGAACUACCGUUAGUCAUCAGUUAGAGAAAUGUUUGCUUUACAUGGUCUGGUAACUCUGUUUUUCUGUUACAGAUAUAACCAUUUUUCUUGGUACUCUUAACAUCAA